AUAAGCCGGGCGCCAAAACAAAUAAGCCGGAAUCAAAGAGUACCCUUUCCAGCCUUCCGUACCAAACAAAAUUGAAUCUCUCUUCCGCACAAACAACCUCUCACGCCCCAAAGCCACACACAAAACAUUUACCUUUUCCAACCCUUCAAUUCCCUAAACAUUUUUCUUUUCCUUCGAACUCCAAUUCCCUCACCAGAACACGGUCACCAUUGUUUUCCCUUUCAACAACAUUCGCCAUCCUUUCGCGACGAAGAGAAAAAAAAAAGGGGUGUUAGGGUUUCGAUUCUCUGCGACGCUCUCCGCAUUGCGCUACCCUGCACCUUCCUCACCAUAUCGCGCGCCUCUCUCACUCCCCUACUGUUUUUCCGCUCCCCACCCCCUCUCUCUGUGUUGCGAAAAUUAGGGUUCAUAGGUUUGGGGCUAAUUCUUCUUCCGAUUUCGAACCGAGCGCAAUCGUAAAGAGAGAAAAUGUACGCUGAUCGCGUGGAGGGUGGAGCAAGGAGGCCAGUGAAGGAACGCCUUAAUGAUGUGAAUGGUGUCAGUGGCUCUACUCGCCCGCAGCAGCAGCGUCAAAUCACUGGCAAGAGGUCAAGGCAAGAUGACAAGUGGGAACAUGAUCUCUUUGACAAUGACGAACCCCGGAUCACUAAUCGCAAAGUUAGUGCUCAAGAUCUUCGCCUCAAGCUUCAAAGGAAGGGUCUUCAACCUGCAUCUCAGAGUGGAAAGAGUUCUGCCCCAAACGUGCUGGAUCUCCGUGAAAGGCUAUCAGGGACAAUGGCACCACAACCUACAAAUUAUGAUCUGCCUAAGACAAAAGUUAUUAAACCAAGCAGUAAAAGUGUUGGUGUUGAGGCUCCUGCAGUGCAGAUCAAAAGGCCAGCUGACCCAGCUCCUAAAAAGUCAUGGAAGGCUGGUCCUUCAGUUGAUGAAUUUUUGCGGUCCUUGGGUCUCGAAAAGUAUCUCAUAACUUUUCAGGCUGAAGAAGUUGAUAUGACAGCUCUCAAUCAUAUGACUGAUGAAGAUCUCAAGGCUAUGGGCAUACCAAUGGGACCAAGAAAGAAGAUACUUUUAGCACUGGAGUCGAAAGUCUAACAUUUAGUUAUGGAAUUGAUUUUCUAAGCUGGAUGGUGGUGGGAGGAGAUCAGGAUCUAAAAACCAAGUGUAAUAGCAUAGUUCUUUGAUUAUUUUCGUUUUUAAUAUUUUCCCUUACUUUUUAGACAUUAAUCAAGUUAAUUUUGGUGUUUAUUUUGCUAAACCCCGUCAAUCUCCUGAAACUCUCUUAUAAUGCAAUUAAUGGAUUUGAGAGUUUACCUUUUGAAUCAAUCUGUUGGAUGCCUCAAGCGCAAAUGAUGUAAUGCUAGGAACAGAAUGGAUGAUACUUUUCAACACCGAGGUUGAUAUCAAAAUGCAAAGUCAAACAUGGAUGAACUAAUUUGUUUCAAGUGAUUUAAAUUGAAAUGCUUGCGGCAUUAGCUCGUG